CAGUUAUUUUUCGUCUGCGCAUUUUUUUUAUCUUUUCUUUUGCUAAACUGUAAAUAGAUAGUAAUAGUAUUAAAAAAAUGCUAUCAUAGAUAUCAAGAUAUUUAAAAAUAACUAUUAAUUUUUAUUAGAUCCAAAGUAGAACAGAGACAACUUUAAGAUGUUACAAAGACGUCUUUUAAAAGGACAAGACAAAUUUUUUUUUUGUUUCGAAGCCGUUUCUUAUAUAAAUAAGACAUACAGAUGUUGGUCCUAAGAGUCAUAGAAAAUUUGUGUUCUUUUUUCCAUCCCAAAAAAGUCAUUUCAAUUAAAAAAUCAUUUAGAUAACUUGACUUAUUUGGAAUUUACUUUUUGUCAUCACUUGAGUCAAGUAUUUUAAACAGAUAUUUUUUUGGUGACAUAAAUUCCUGUUUAUUUUGUCAACAUAUUGGUGCCUUAUCAAUAGAUCAAAAAACAGCUUCAAAACACACUGCUAUCUUAUAGGUGUCACAAAGCCCAGUGUGCUACUUGGGUAUAUUUAUUCAAUUUAAAUUCAACUGUUUAAAAUAUUCCAUCAAGUUUUUGACAACUGAACUUCGAAAAAAAAAAGUAUCAAAGAUUAUUUAUGAAGUGACGACUAUUCGUUUGUUAAUUUAUGACACAAUAAGUCAUAAUUUACGAUAGCGUUUUUCUGAGUGAUUUAAUUUAAAGUUAUCAAAAUUAAAGAACAAAAUAUUUAUCAUGAAAAUUGGUCACUGGCAUCUUAUCAUUUUUUUUCCAAUUCAUUUUGGAGUGUUAGCAGAAAAUUUAACUACCAUUAAAAAUGUAGAAGUAACAACUAAAAAGUUCGUCCAAAAUAUUAUGAAAUUACAACCUGCGAUCAGUUUAUCCCAACCUGAAAUAGUUAAUAACUCAUUAUUACUAAAUCAUUGGAGGAAACAUAUACAUCAUGGUAAAAGACAUCGUAAAUCAAUAGAAAACUCAAGGAAACGUCAUGUAUCAUUAUUAUCAACUCAAAAAAAUAAUAAUUUAUCUAUCGUUUUACCAAUGAACUGGAAAAAAAAUAAAUUAAAUAUGUCAUCAUCUUUGACAAAAGAUCCCCAGCAAACCAUAGCCAAUCUUAUCCAACGACUUAUCAAUUUAAAUCACAUCUCAAGUUUCUUAUCAACACAUUCACCCAUUAAUAACAAGUCUCAAAUAAUUAACACUGAGAAUAAUCAUCAUGAUGAAAAUAAUAUUACAAAUGCCAUCGUUAAUCACAUAUCGAAUUAUUCUGAUUUGCCAGUAACGCCAAAUUUAUUCAAAAAAACUUAUAAAUCAUGCAAUCCGGCAAAUAAUUCAAGCAAUGGAUUGUUGUGCAACGAAUAUCAUUUUUCAAAUUUUUCAAUCUUCAAAACCCCACUAUCAUUGAAAGAUAAUUUAACAACUCCAAGUAGCUUUUUAGCUCGACUCUCAAUUUUAAACGAAUCUCUCAAUAAAUCUGAAGAUUUAAAAUUAAACCAACAGUUUACUAGCGAUCCUUUAAAAAUAUUUAAAAAAAAAUUGCCACUAGUUACUUCAGAAAUAAUAAAUGCAACUACUGUUAGAAGUAGUUUCAUUAUUAUUGAUGAACUUGGGUUUUUUGGAGAUCCUAUUGAAGAUACUCCAGACGUCAAACCAAAAGAAAGUUACCACUCACGACCCUCAUCUAUUUUUGAUUAUAUUUUUGGUGAAAAUAAUGACAAGACUGCGCCUGAAAUUGAAAAUCAAUUGAAACAUGUUGAUUUAUGGAACAUGGAAAUAAACAGAACUGAAAGAGUUGAACCUGAGUCAUUUACUAUGAAAUUUAAACUGAUUGGGGAUAAUAAUGAUCAUUACUUACCGUCUUGGAGAUCUAACAAUAAUGUUUACUCGUCUAAAGUCUCAGAGCCACAAUAUAAUUUACGAAUGAAUAAAAAAAAUGUUGAAGAAAAAAUGAAGAAUAAUUAUAUUCCUUUACGGAGCAUUAAACAACCAAAAUCAAAAAUAUUGAAUGAAGCAGAUUUUCAGUCCGCAUUUCUGUCGACAUUUUACAUUUCAAUAGCUAUGUGUGGAAUUUUUUUUGCCAUCGUAGUAUGGUGGAGAAGAUUUUCAAUUAUUAAAAAGUCAAAUUUCACAACAAUAAGUGACUCGGUGCAUUUACCGCCAACACCAUCGUCACCAUUAGCAGCUCAACGAGCUGGACAAUUAAGAGUAUAAUUUAUUAAACAAUAAUAUACAUGUUUAAAUACAACAGAGUAAAUGUAUUGAUCUACUUAUAAUUAUUUAUUUUUUUAUCAAUUUUAUUUAUACAUAAAAAAAAAUUAUUAUUUUUAUUAUCUUUAUAUUUUUUUUAAAUUCACAGUACUUUAAAAAUAAUAAUAAUUUAAUGCCAUUAAAUUUAAUUAAUAAAGUAAAAUAUAGAUAUA